CUCCGCUCCCCGCCCUGGUGCCGUUGCCCGCCGUUGGCGGAGACCGAACCGUUAGCCGGGAGAGCCGGCGGGGCCAUGGCGGUGAGUAGUACCUUUAUCAGCAAUACCUGUCACCAGAAGAGUCUCAUCAAGUUAAUUAGGUGAUCCUGUGAAUCAGUGUACCAUCGAUGAUGGCAGAACAUCCACCCUUACUGGAUACCACUUCAAUUAUAAGUAGUGAAAUUCCCCUUCUUACUUCCCCAAUUGUCAGUGGGGAUGGAGCACAACAGGUUAUUCUUGUGCAAGUUAAUCCAGGGGAAGCCUUUACAAUAAGAAGAGAAGAUGGACAGUUUCAGUGCAUUACAGGUCCUGCUCAGGUUCCAAUGAUGUCCCCAAAUGGUUCAGUGCCUACUAUUUAUGUGCCUCCUGGAUAUGCCCCACAGGUUAUUGAGGAUAAUGGUGUUCGAAGGGUUAUGGUGGUUCCCCAGGCUCCAGAAUUUCAUCCUGGUGGUCAUGCAGUGAUACACAGGCCUCCACAUCCCCCACUGCCUGGCUUCCUGCCUCUUCCAGCCAUGAUACCCCCUCCACCUCGUCAUAUAUACUCUCCUGUGACUGGAGCUGGUGACAUGACAACACAGUACAUUCCACAGUAUCACACCUCACAAGUAUACGGGGAUCUGGAUACUCUGCCUGCUCAUGGAAGGUCCAACUUUAGAGACGAAAGGUCUAGUAAAACAUACGAAAGGUUACAAAAAAAAUUAAAAGAUCGACAUGGGACUCAGAAGGAUAAAUUAAACAGUCCUCCACCAUCUCCUCAGAAAUGUCCUUCUCCUACAAGUGAACAUAAUGGACUUACAAAAGGACAGGAUUCAGCUGGUAUAAGCACAGGUUCCAGCAAAAGCAAGUCUUCGGGUAAAGGAAAAAACAACUCUCAGACAGACACAGAAAUAGAAGAAAAGGAUGAAGAAACAAAAGCACUUGAAGCACUUCUUUCUAAUGUAGCCAAGCCAGCGGUAUCAGACAUUCAGGCAAGAACAGCACUGCUUAUGUGGUCACCUCCAUCCAGUGAUACCAGAGAAGACACUGACAAGAAUGAUCUACCAGAGGUUUAUACUUAUGAAGUGAUGAUUUCAAGUACUGGAAAAGAUGGAAAGUACAAAACUGUAUAUGUUGGAGAAGAAAAUAAAGUUACUGUAAAUGAUCUCAGGCCAGCAACUGAUUACCAUGCAAAAGUUCAAGUAGAAUGCAACUGUGUAAAGGGGAACCCUUCAGAAGCAGAGAGUUUUACCACAAUAAGUUGUGAACCUGAUACUCCAAAUCCACCCAGGAUAACUAAUCGGACCAAAAAUUCUCUUACUCUGCAGUGGAAGGCACCUUGUGAUAACGGUUCUAAAAUCCACAGUUACCUUCUAGAGUGGGAUGAAGGAAAAGGAAAUGGAGAGUUUUGCCAGUGUUAUUGUGGCCAACAGAAGCAGUAUAGGAUUACUAAACUAUCACCAGCAAUGGGGUACACCUUUAGACUAGCAGCCAAAAAUGACAUGGGAAUGAGUGAUUUUAGUGAAGAAGUCCUGUAUCAUACCUCAGGCACUGCCCCAACCACACCAGCAAGUCCUUUGCUGAUUAAUGCUGGAGUUACUUGGUUAUCCCUACAGUGGAAAAAACCCUCAGGAACACCAUCAGAUGAAGGAAUCUCGUAUAUAUUAGAGAUGGAGGAUGAGAACUCAGGAUAUGGUUUCAAGCCAAAAUAUGAUGGUGAUGAUCUUACCUACACCGUGAAGAAUUUGAGGCGUAGUACAAAAUACAAAUUUAGGGUGCUUAAAGAACAGCUGAUUACCUUGACAGUAUCUUCUGCAGGAUUUCAUCAUAACCUUCAUUUGAAAGUCAUUGCCUAUAACUCAGAAGGGAAAAGCAGUCCAAGUGAGACAGUAGAAUACAUCACUUGUCCAGACAAGCCUGGAGUCCCUUCAAAACCCACAGUGAAAGGGAAGAUUCAUGCACAGAGUUUUAAAAUAACCUGGGAUCCACCAAAAGACAAUGGAGGAGGAGCAAUAAAUACAUAUGUUGUGGAAAUGUCUGAAGGCUUAAAUGGAAACAAAUGGGACACAAUAUACAGUGGAGCUGCUCGGGAGCAUGUGUGUGAUCGGCUGAAUCCUGGCUCUUCCUAUCGGUUACGUGUCUAUUGCCUUGCAGAGGGAGGACAGAGCACGGCAUCUGAUUCUUUACUGGUGCAGACACCAGCAGUGGUUCCUGGCCCAUGCCAGCCUCCAAGACUACAGGGCAGACCAAGAGCAAGAGAAAUUCAGCUGCGCUGGGGACCACCUCAGGUAGACGGUGGUUCACCCAUUACGUGUUACGGGCUGGAAAUGUUUCAGACAGAAACUGAUGAACACAGAGAGGUUUACCAAGGCUCUGAUGUUGAAUGCACAGUAGGCAGCCUUCUUCCAGGGAGGAUGUACAACUUCAGGCUGCGAGCAGCUAACAAGGCUGGGUUUGGACCUUAUUCAGAAAAAUGUGAAAUAACUACAGCACCUGGACCACCAGAUCAGUGCAGGCCCCCUCAAGUGGCAUGCAGGUCUGCUGCUUGUGCUCAGGUGUCGUGGGAGGUUCCAGUGAGUAACGGAGCUGAUGUCACGGAGUACCGACUGGAGUGGGGCGGUGUGGAGGGCUGCAUGCAGAUCUCCUACUGUGGGCCUGGGCUCAACUGUGAAAUGAAAGGGCUUUUGCCUGCCACUAUAUAUUAUUGCAGGGUUCAGGCAGUGAAUGUUGCAGGUGCAGGCCCUUUCAGUGAAGUAGUGGCAUGUAUGACUCCAGCCUCUGUACCUGCAGUUGUGACUUCUCUUCGGGGACUAAGUGAAGAUGAAGUUGAAAGUCCACAUUAUUCUCCUUCCACAUGCCUUGCUAUAAGCUGGGAAAAACCUUGUGACCAUGGAUCUGAAAUCCUUGGCUACAGCAUAGACUUUGGAGAUAAGCAGCCAGUAACUGUGGGGAAGGUUCUGAGCUAUAUUAUAGAUGGUUUACAGCCAGAUACUACCUACAGAGUACGAAUUCAAGCCCUGAACAGCCUUGGAGCAGGUCCUUUCAGCCACACCAUGAAACUGAAAACAAAGCCUCUCCCCCCAGAUCCACCUCGCCUGGAAUGCGCUGCAUACAGUUCUCAGACUCUCAAGCUGAAGUGGGGAGAGGGAACUGCAAAAGCAUUAACUGACUCCAUUCAGUACCACCUUCAAAUGGAGGAUAAGAAUGGAAGGUUUGUAUCCUUGUACAGAGGACCGUGUCAUACAUACAAAGUACAAAGACUCAGUGAGUCAACAUCAUACAAAUUUUGUAUUCAGGCAUGCAAUGAAGCUGGUGAAGGUCCCCUUUCUCAAGAAUAUGUUUUCACUACUCCCAAAUCUGUUCCAGCUGCCUUGAAAGCCCCAAGGAUAGAGAGAAUAAAUGAUCACAGUUGUGAAAUCACCUGGGAGGUUCUGCAACCCAUGAAGGGCGAUCCAGUUAUUUACUGUCUUCAGGUCAUGGUGGGCAAAGACUCAGAAUUCAAACAGAUUUAUAAGGGUCCGGACUGGUCGUUCCGAUACACCGGCCUCCAGCUGAACUGUGAAUACCGAUUCCGCGCGUGUGCCAUCCGACAGUGCCAAGAGACCACAGGUCACCAGGACCUGGUUGGCCCUUACAGUGCACCAGUGCUUUUCAUCUCUCAGAGGACUGAGCCACCGGCGAGCACCAACAAGGACACUGUGCAAACCACAAGGACACAAUGGUCACAGAGCGACCAAGUGUGUGCUGCUGUCAUCCUUGCACUUUUUGCUAUCUUUUCCAUUCUGAUUGCUGUUAUCAUUCAGUACUUUGUAAUAAAGUGAAGAAAAGAGAUUAGUAUUAGAAUGCUCCCAUUAAUUUUUACUUUCUCAUAACCUAAAAGUAAUUCUGUUCUCUUGCUUUUACAAAACCAGGCAUUUAGCACCGGCAUUGGGACUGAUGCAGACCUUUUCAGCCACUUUAAAAUGCUUACUGGUAGGGAUAGGCUGACACAGCUUAUUAGAACUCAAGCCACAGAAAUACAAUCUCUUCUUUGAUAUGCCUUCUUGCAGUACAAACUCGAAAUGGGGCAGGCAAACAGUGUUUAAUCAAAAGGGUUUAACCAGUAAACACAAGUGUAAAAAAAAAGGGUUUCCUGGCCCACACUUUAAAGGGUUGCUACAAUAACAGGGAAUAAUGUGUAGAUCGCAUUUAAAACUUACACUAACGAACUUGUGCUGUAUACAAGAUUAAUCUGAUGCUGUGAAAGCAAUUCAGCGCUGUAUUUCUACCUCCUCAUUUGUCUUAAUUAUUUGGGAAGCAGGAUUUAUGCUGAAAACCAGAAGGGGCUUUUCUCAGGCAGCAAAUAAUAAACUGGAUGGAACAGCAUGCAUGAAGGAAGCUUCUUAUUUGAUAAAUGCGGAGUUCUUCACUGCAAGUAGAUAUUUUUGAAAGACUACAAGGAGAUGGCACAAGUGAUAUAUCUUGCCCCCAAGAUUUGAUGUUUACUUAACAAAAAUGUCUCUUUUACUUCUUACAAAUAUAGAAGAGAGAGUGUGAGAGAACCUCUUAACCUUACUUAAAUUGAAAAAAAUUUAUUUACAAAGAUGACCUUUGAUUGGAUGUAGUUUAUACAGAUGUCUGUGCCCUCUGAUUUUGGCCAGUUAAUAGAUUUUUGAGAUAAAAUUAAUUAUUGCAUUUUUGCUGUUUCCCUGACAUUCACUUGCCAUAUCCACCAGAAUCAAGCACUGCCUUUUUUUCAUUUUCUUUUUCUUUCUUUCUUUCUUCCUUUCUUUGGGGCACCAAAUCAGAAGACGAAGUGUAGUAAUUUGCACCAGAAAACUUAAAGCUGCUUUUUUCUUGAGAUCCUGAUGUUUAAUGUAACGUCUCCUUGGAUACUGUACCAAAUUGUUGAUUGCAUGUAGUUAAUGUUGCAUUAGAGCACUUUGCAAUUGCAUAACUCAUCAAUGUUUUGUGAGCUUGCAUUUGUGAGUUCUUGAAUGACCAGACUGAAUUUUAUCAAGUAUCCAUUGAACAUCUUGCUAGAUGUCAAUGAUUGCCAGUGACACAAAGCUUGUAGUGAAACUAUCUUGAAAAAAAAAAAAAUCUUUGUCUCAUCACACUUAUGUUAUUUGUUAUACACUUUGUAAUUAGCUCUUUUUAAUUUAUUUGAGUUACAAGAUAGUGGAUCAUUAAUGACUUCUAGUUGUGUUCAGUUUAGCAUUUUUAAUGGUAUUAAACACUUCUGUCAGUCUUAAUAAUAAUAAAAAAAAGGAACCUCUGUCUUGUGCUUUGAAGAUCACUGAAGAAUUUCUCUUAUAUUAGAACGGGCAUGUAUUGUAAUUGUUUAUGCGUCCAAUGAUCUGUGCUGUAGAAUAAUGUUGCUGAGUUUCGGUUUGGUUUUUUUUUUUAAGAAAAAAAAAAAAAAGAAAUGACAAAGAACUUGGCCUUCACGUGGCAAGAACGAUCUGUCUUUAAAAUGUACUGUAUGUUUACAUUUAUUUCCAAUCUGUCAUUUGUACGUAUAGGCUGAUACCUUCCCGCAGGAUACCGCGAUAACUGAUGUUUUCUAGAAACUUCUUUAAAAAGUGCCAUGUUUGGCAGUGCAAAUGAGGUUGCGUGUAACAGCCCAGAGAUUUCUUAUGGUUGAAUGUCUGAAACGGUAAGAUUUGUUACUACAGUUAAUCUGCAGUGACUUAAUGUUUUUCAUAGUAAAAUUCAAAUGAGCUCCUAUUUUUGAUAGUCAUUUAAUAGUGUAUUUGCCAUUUGAGCCUCAGUGCGUAUUACUGCAUUGAAGACAGUUUUUAAUGUAAUCUUAAUUUUACCUCAUAUACUGUACAUUCCAAAAAAAAAAAAAAAGGAAAAAAAAAAAGAAAAACUUCAAACUUUUUAAAAUGUUAUAGACACACUACCAAACAUAUCACUUUACAAUUGUACAACGUCGGACUCCAUGAAGACGAACCUGUAUAGUCUCAUAGAAAAUACAUAAACUAUGUAGCAAAGUAUCUUUAAAAAUCCGUGGAAAAUAAAAGUAUCAUUCUUUUUUUUC